CAAAACCGGAAGCUCGAUGUAACGGAAGCGGAAGUAACGGAAAGCGAAAAGGAAAACGUCUAAUAAUAAAUGCGAGUUAAACGGUGUUUAGACCGACCGACUAUCCCACCAUAGCAGACGGUCUCUCGGCACAACUAAGGCGGGUCGAACACCGUGUUUCUGCCGUUAGUCGUCGCCAACUCUGCGGGCGUUGGAGAACCCAACGGGAGCCCGUCCACCGGGUCCACCGGGUCCUCCGGGUCCUCCGGGUCCUCCGGGUCCUCCGGGCAGCCAUGUAUGGCGGAACGAAGGGGAAGGACCCGCUCCACAGUGGGACCGGUGUCUUCUACCAGGCAAUACCUGCCGUCGGGGCCGAUGGCAGAAACAUCAUGAAACUGAUUCCUGUACAAAUGGUCAAUGGACACGUUUUCAAAUCUCAAAUAAGCCCCCUCAAAACCGAUGCUACACAACCAAAAGCGUUAUCGUGGAAUAUCGCCUCAGCACCAGUUGUCUUAGUGAAAAAGACUUCUUCAGUUUCUUCUGCAACAGAGCGGAUCGUCAGCGAACAGGUUUCACUCGUGGGUUCGUCCCCUUAUGAAGUCGGUUUGGAUCCUGGUAAUUCACCCAACAAGCAUCCACGACAGCAACUACAACAGAGUGUCAAAACGUUGGCAGUUGUUCCUUCAAAGGCUUCACCUGCACACAGUGGAAACUCCGUAGGACCUCCAAGUCAGCUCCCAGUCCCAGUGCAUUCUCCAGCAGCCCCCCGAAGCCGGGGCACUGAGGUUCUCCCUACAGUCCCAGCAUCAACACUGCCUGCAGGUAUCUGGAAACAGACAUUCACUUCGUCAGCCAGCUGCUGUCCAGGUUCACACUUACCCUCGUCACCAACCACAAGUACGGAUGGAGGCGUUACUCCACAAAGGGAUUCUGCACUCAAUGCGCUCAAGUUGCUUUGCAAAAUAACAAAUACGACAUCAUGCGCACCACCAUCAAAAGGAUCAAAAUCACAUUUCAAUUUAAUUCCAAAGGUUCCACAAAGCCCCAACAGCCCUAAAAAGUGGUCCGUUGAAGAUAACAGCCCAACAGCUCCAACCCUUAAUCCUUUUUAUUCGUCUGUUACUUCAAAGAUUUUGCGAGUUCUCGCAGAGAGAGGAAAUGCUGGGAAGCCCUGUGAAAUUCUUCCAAAACCAGGUCCAACUCUUGAUUCUACAAAUCCCUCCUUUGCCUCAGAGAUUCUUCGAGAAAGAGAAAAGGCCAGAAAGGACUCUGAAGUCAUCACUAAAUCUAUUACUGAGUCAGGUCCGGGGAACAGUGGAGAAGAAAAGGCCAACGUCAUAGACCCGUGCAACAGGAAGCAACCACCACAACAGAGUGUACAUUUAAUGGCCGUAACACCCUUAGCUAACGGGGGAAAUACUGGACCUCUGAAUGAUCUUCAUGUCGCUCUGACAGCUCCAACACCCCCCAGAGGACAGUGGCCUCUCUCUACCCCUAAGGCACAAUUGUGGGCACUCCCAGCAUCUGAACGGCGUGCAGCUAUAAAGAAACCGACUUUUACUCCGUCAGCCACCUCCUGUCCAAGCUCAGCAUGUGCGGUCUCCAUGCCACUUAUCGCAAGUGUCAAUCAAGGUGCUCCAAGGGAUUCUGCACUUGAUACGUCUAAGUGGCUGUGCAAGACCGCAAAUAAAACAUCAACCGGUUCAGAACCAAAUUUAAAAUUAGUUCCAACGGUUCCACAAAGCCCCAACAGCCCUAUACAGUGGUCAGUUGAAGAAGGCAACUCGACAGCUCCAACUCUUGAUCCUUUUGAUUCUUCUGUGGCGUCAGAGAUUCCUCCAGUGGCUGCCGAGAGAGAGAACGCUGGGAAGCUCUGUGAGGUCGUUGGGAACUGGGUCUGCGGGUCGAGUCAGGGCAAAAACGGACAAAGACAGGAGAACCCUUUGGUAUUGUGUGAUGGAAAGCUUUUUUUUUGGGCCAAAAAUCACAUGCUGCCACAUAAAAAUGGAAAAAUGGAUCCAACCACAGUAGCAGGAAAAAGUUACGAAUCAGACAAAGCCAUUGUAGCUCCAACCCAACAGUCAGUUCCACCUGUGGAGAAGCCGGGCCAUGGAGUCCUCCACCCAGAUCCGUGGCGCCAAGUGAUUGACCUUUGUGACGACGACGACGCUGCUCCGAACGACUCGUUUCAACAAGCAGCUUCAGUUUGUGUGCCAGCAGUCACUGUUGUGGAUGAAGACAAUGUUAUAUUUGUAUCCUACACUCCACCCAACUCUGACUCUCAAGAUUUGAGACGAAAAUUACAAAUGGCUCAAAUAGAGGAACCGGACCAGACGGCCACAAGCAAUGUAACCGAACAAGAGCGCAUGCACGGUACGCCCGGCGCUCUCAGAGAGGAGGAACUUGGCCACAGCACGUCGGUCAACGACAGCCAGCAGCCCACCUCAGCCCAACAGAUGGAGCAUGUUAACCCCAGCAACGAGGGAACCCGCUCCAGGACGGACCGAGACCCCCACAUCAUUGAGACAGCCCUAGAGGAACUUUUUGAAGAAGAGGAGAGCAAGCUGCUUUCCACGCAGCAGCAGCCCCCGUCUCCACAGCCCAGACAGUGGAGCAAGAAAUCCAGCUUUACAGGAGCCUUCCAACCAAAGACGGGCCAGUUUCUGGUGGUGGAAGAAGAGUGACACCUUGCCAGUAUCUGUGUGUCCAAGCAUCCUCCACCCCUUCUGAAAGGGUGUUCUCCACUGCUGGAGAAAGAUCUCGUAUCCUUCCUGAGAGGGCAAUAUGAUCAUUUUUCUGCACAAGAAUUGUUGAUUUGCCUGAGUUGAUCGUUUUGGUCUUUACUGAAGACUGUGUGGACCAUUGACCAAUGAAUGUGAAAAUUAACAAUUUCCACAAUAGGCACACUUCUGGCACUUUACUUUGAGAAGUAACUCACGUACUUUAAGUUAGUUUUGAGGGUGCUACACAUACUUUGUGUAUACUCCGUGGUGUUAAUUAAAGCGAGUUAUAACAAACAAACAAAUUUGUACUUAUUCCUUCACCAAAUGAGAAUCGAUAAGGAAUCGGACCGUUAAGCAAUAUCGAUAAGGGAAUCGUAAAAAUCAAUUCCCAUCCCUCGAUAUGAGUGAGCGUUCUGGGUUCGUGGAUGACGUCAUCAUGACGCGUUAAUAUCGGCCGUACUUUGUCUGUCAGCUG